AUGGCGAUUGGGCUUGGCCGCACUAUCAGCAGUCCUGUCUUCCUCUUUUUCCAAGUGCUUCAUGGCGUGAGCUUGUUCUUCGUCAUGCUUGGUGUGACGCGGGUGCUGCUCGGGAUGGCGGAGCUGUCGAUGAGCACUACCGCCGUCGAAGAUAGGACGACGCCGCAAGGACUUCACCGACCUGACGGACUCGGUGAAAUCGCAUACCAGCAUACGAACAUGCUUGACUUGUUCAUGGAUGACACUCUCUCUUCUACAACAACAACGCUCGCGCCAGCACCACCGGCGGCGCCGCUAUCUUUUUUCGAGAAGCUUAGCUACUGCUUUCACGUGCCUCUCGCCUCCUUGUUCGUGAGCACGGUCGACGUGCGUGCUGGAACAACUGUGGAGGUGCAGGACUUGAGACCUCGCGACGCCGUUGCCGCAGAUGGUGUAGUGAAGAAGGAUGUUCGCCUCUCUGUCGCCGACGCGCCGGCUGCCGGACAGCCGCGCGAGGGCAGUGAGUGCCGCUUUUAUCUACAGCACAUGUUUGCGGCGUUACUGUGCUCCUACCCCCUAGCAACGCUCCUGCAACGUCGCAAGCUCGUGCUCGACUUUGUGGUAACCAUCUAUCUAGCGUACUGGCUGCUGGCGGACAUCGUUCUCCGCCGUUUGCUCGGCGGCGGCCUACAUUGGUGGGCGGCAUGUGCUCUGGGGAUGACUGUCAUGUACGGUGCCACCUACGUCAUAUGCCAGCGGAAAGAGCUGCAAGAGAUUCGCUUUUCUGGCGGCGGCACGGCCGGCUCCGGCGCAGGCGUACCCGCGACCACGACAAUGUGGCUGAAGGAUUGCCGUGGCGAGGAUGAUAUCGUCGGCGAGGAGAUGCGUGUCAUCAGUCGCGAAACGCAGCGGCACAACGGCAGCGGCGGUGCUGACGCUCAUGGCAGCAGUAAACCUCACGACGCUGCCGGCCGCUCUCGGGUCCCUGCGUCCACGCAGAGCUCAAACGGGGCCAAGGCCGUUGCCGUCGAUGUGAGCCGCGCGUCAGAAGAGGCAACGUAUAAGCACAAGAUGGUGUAG